GCUGCGGUUAGUGAAUGGGCCGGCGGCGGGGGCGGGGCCGCGCUCGCUCCUAUAUGUGUCUUUUUUCUUGUCUUUUUUUUUUUUUUCCCUUUUCCUUUUUUUUUUUUUUUGUGCGGCGGUAGCCGUGGGCCGGGAGCGGCGGUGCGGGCGGAGCCAGGCCGGGCCAGGCGGGAGGCGUGCAGCUGCCCCGGACACACAGCCCGCAGCGGCGCCCGCCGGGAGCAGAGCCUAGUCGAGCCGCGGGCAGGAUCGCGCAGUAAUUGGAUUUUAAAAGUUAUUUAAGCCCCGGAGUAAAAUACACAGCUCAGCCGGGCGCGGUAAUAAUCCAUUUAGCCGUAACCUAAAUCUCCGUCUCCGGGACCGCGCGGCCGGCCGGGGAGCAUCGCCACCACCUCGUCCGCCACUACGCGUCUCUGCGCGGAGCUGGCCGAAGACGUCGCUGGGCUACGCGCUCCUCUCUUGUCUCGCUGCCGCCUUCUCUGGCGAGAGCAACUCCACAAACUUUCGCCGAGUGAAGCGCUGCCGCUGUGCCAGCACCGACCCUUCGGCGCCGAGGAAGACAGUCGCGGAGGUUCAGCGCGGAGCCACGUUCCUCCCGUCACCGCGCUCCUACCCCUUGGAAGGGACCCUACUGCUACUCUUUGGGUGGCACCCUCAUGCCCCUGGGGCAUUGCACCGCCCGGCUCUGAAGGAUUCACGCAGCUCCUCGACCGCUCCGGCGAUGCGGGCUGAAGGAAGAGGGGAACGCGGCGGAGGAGCGGCCGCUGCCGGCUGUCCCUUGCUGGGUCUGGCCGCGCUGUUAGUCGCUCUGCUGGGGACUCACGCGGGCGUGGCCGCGCAGCACGGCGAGAAGGGCAUCUCCGUGCCGGACCACGGCUUCUGCCAGCCCAUCUCUAUCCCGCUGUGCACGGAUAUCGCCUACAACCAGACCAUCCUGCCCAACCUGCUGGGCCACACUAACCAGGAGGACGCGGGACUGGAAGUGCAUCAGUUCUACCCACUGGUCAAGGUGCAGUGCUCCACUGAGCUCAAGUUCUUCCUCUGCUCAAUGUACGCGCCAGUCUGCACCGUCUUGGAGCAGGCCAUCCCACCCUGCCGUUCUCUUUGCGAGCGGGCCCGCCAGGGCUGCGAGGCCCUCAUGAACAAGUUCGGCUUUCAGUGGCCAGAGCGGCUCCGCUGCGAGAACUUCCCCGUCCACGGUGCGGGCGAGAUCUGCGUGGGCCAGAACACGUCUGAUGCCCCGCCAGCGCCUGGCGGAGCAGCAGGCCGGGGGGCUACGGCCCACCCCACGGCUGGCUACCUUCCGGACUUCCUCACCCCGCCGCAGCCCCCAUCCGGCUUCUCCUUCUCCUGUCCCAGGCAACUCAAAGUACCACCUUACUUGGGCUACCGGUUCCUGGGGGAGCGGGACUGCGGUGCUCCAUGUGAGCCAAGCCGGCCCAACGGGCUCAUGUACUUUAAAGAAGCUGAGGUGCGAUUUGCCCGUCUGUGGGUGGGUGUGUGGUCUGUGCUCUGCUGUGCCUCCACCCUCUUCACUGUGCUCACUUACCUGGUGGACAUGCGCCGUUUCAGCUACCCAGAGCGGCCCAUCAUCUUCCUCUCCGGUUGCUACUUCAUGGUGGCAGUGGCCUACGCAGCAGGUUUCUUGCUGGAGGAGCGAGUGGUUUGUCUGGAGCGCUUUUCUGAGGAUGGCUACCGCACCGUGGCCCAAGGCACCAAGAAAGAAGGCUGCACCAUCCUCUUCAUGAUCCUCUACUUUUUUGGCAUGGCCAGCUCCAUCUGGUGGGUCAUCUUGUCCCUCACCUGGUUCCUGGCUGCUGGCAUGAAGUGGGGCCAUGAGGCCAUUGAGGCCAACUCCCAGUAUUUCCACCUUGCUGCCUGGGCUGUGCCUGCUGUCAAAACCAUCACCAUCUUGGCCAUGGGGCAGGUGGAUGGGGACGUACUCAGUGGGGUGUGUUAUGUGGGUAUAUACAGCGUGGACUCGCUGCGGGGCUUUGUGCUGGCUCCCUUGUUUGUGUAUCUCUUCAUUGGCACUUCCUUCUUGCUUGCUGGCUUUGUGUCCUUGUUUCGCAUCCGCACCAUCAUGAAGCAUGAUGGCACCAAGACAGAGAAACUGGAGAAGCUGAUGGUGCGUAUUGGCGUCUUCAGUGUCCUCUACACAGUACCUGCUACCAUUGUCCUUGCUUGUUAUUUCUAUGAGCAGGCCUUCCGUGGCACCUGGGAGAAGACAUGGCUCCUCCAGACCUGCAAAACCUAUGCUGUGCCCUGUCCCAGUCACUUUGCCCCUAUGAGCCCAGACUUCACUGUCUUCAUGAUCAAGUACCUCAUGACAAUGAUUGUUGGCAUCACGACUGGCUUCUGGAUCUGGUCGGGCAAAACCCUGCAGUCCUGGCGACGCUUUUACCACAGACUCAGCACCGGCAGUAAAGGCGAGACUGCGGUAUGAGAUCCUCGUCCCCUCUGACCACACACACACAAACAACACGAGUGAUACUCGGCAGAAGAGACAGCAGUGGCUCCCUGAAGAGGGAGGAAGGGAGGGUUUCCAAACUUUUAAUCCUCCUAGAGGGUUUGGAAAAAAAUAACCUUUGCAUAAAGGUUAAGAUGGACUAUGCCAAGUAGUGCUUAUGCCCAGCUAAGUGGAAAAGCACAAAAAAGAGGCUGCUGCUGGGAUGCGAAAGUCCUUCACUCUCAAGAAGUCCCAUACUUCUCUUACCUCCUAUCCCUGUGCAGGAAAAACAACCCUAACCCCACUAAAACCAUCCUGCCUUGCUUUGGACGGUGGUGAGAGAGAAACGACCAGAUCUGUUGAGCUGCCCGUGCUGAGAAGUAGCCAAACGGUCUCUGAAUUGCUGAGGUCGAACUGCAGCACAGAGCAGCUCCGAGCCUGAGCUCACUGCCUGCUCCUUCCAGCUCGGCGGAGCAAUCACUGAGCUCACUGCAGGUAGGGUCAAUACACAGCUGGCUUCUGGGGACAGGAUGAAUCCUUUUGACUCGCGAUGGACCCUUUGCAGGCUCCUCAAGUUCCCUGAACUGCAUAGCAAUGACUUGUGGUGCGGGAGGGGACUGAGAUUUAAAAGCAAACAGUUGCUGCAAGUGAGGGGCCUUCUCGUUUUACCUAAAACAGAGCUGGUUAUGUUUCCAGUGAUCAUGUCUUGGAAGGAAAGACAUUCAGAAAUCAUCAGAUGCAUCAUCGUCUUUUUGAAAUGUGACAGAUUUUUUUCUAUUCUCAAUUUUUUGUUGACUUGUUCAUAUUUUAUUUUUUGCAUACUACUUUACCUUUAUAUUCACUGAAGGGUUGUUUUUAUAAGUAUAUGUGUGCGUGUAUAUUCUUGCCUAAGGACAAAGUAUGAAAUUGUGGAUUUUUAGCAACUCUCCCACCCUAUAGCUGCUCUUCAUUUUUAGGGGGAAAAGUGUCUGGAAUGAAAUGUAAAAUUAAAAAAAACCCCUCAGACUGCUGCGGAGAGUGUACCAGUAGUCUGGCCAUGAGGAAUGGGCCUAUCAGCCAACUUCGGUAGAUCUGAUUUCAAACGUGCAGGGCUUGGGGUUUUGUCUUUUAUAAUGUGCACGUGGAAGAAAAAGAUUUUAAAAGUGUAAGACAAGUGCAGUAUGUAUAUUUUGUAAAUCCCAUUUUUGUAAGAAAAUAUGUAUUUAUGUUUUUACUUGAUUUUUGAAGGUCUGUAUGAGGCCCUGCUUUAUCCCAUGUACAGAUCACUAAAUAAAUAAUUUUUAAUACGAGA